CGCGGGGCUGUGCGCGGUGGCGGCGGGCAUCGCCGGGGGUGCGCGGAGCGCGGAGCGGAGCCCGGCGCCGCCUCCAUGUUCCAGCUGCCCAUCCUCAAUUUCAGCCCGCAGCAGGUGGCCGGGGUAUGCGAGACCCUGGAGGAGAGCGGGGACAUCGAGCGCCUGGGGCGCUUCCUCUGGUCCCUGCCCGUGGCCCCCGCGGCCUGCGAGGCGCUCAACAAGAACGAGUCGGUGCUGAGAGCCCGGGCCAUCGUGGCCUUCCACACGGGGAACUACCGGGAGCUCUACCACAUCCUGGAGAACCACAAGUUCACCAAGGAGUCCCACGCCAAACUGCAAGCCCUCUGGCUGGAAGCGCACUACCAGGAGGCGGAGAAGCUGCGGGGCCGACCCCUGGGGCCGGUGGACAAGUACCGGGUGAGGAAGAAGUUCCCGCUGCCCCGCACCAUCUGGGACGGCGAGCAGAAGACACAUUGCUUCAAGGAGCGGACGAGGCAUUUGCUGCGGGAGUGGUACCUGCAGGACCCUUACCCCAACCCCAGCAAAAAGCGGGAACUGGCUCAGGCCACGGGACUUACCCCCACGCAAGUGGGCAACUGGUUCAAAAACCGCAGGCAAAGGGACAGGGCAGCAGCGGCUAAGAACAGGCUACAGCAGCAGGUCCUAACGCAGGGCUCGGUGCGCUCGCUGCAAGCGGAGGAGGAGAGCGGCGGCGAGGCGGUGACUUGUAGAGCAUGUGCAGGACGAAACUGUAUGAAGCAGCCUAAAACCAUAAUAAAAUAUUUGGUGAACGACCCUCGCAUCUGGUUUGAAAUGACGGUGUCGGUCUCAAGCCCUCCAGUUUACGCAGAGCAGAUCUCCGAGGCCACGGUUCAGACCAAGCCGUCGCCCUCCCGAGCCUCUGGUUGUUUUAAAAAUAAUAAUAAUUAUAAACGGGCUACCCUGCAGCCCCCAGCACCUCAAAGGAGCCUGAACCCUGGGCUGACCUUGGUGUGCCCCCAUGAGGGGGGCCCAGAGGAUGAGACCUAG